GUGUUACCGUAACACAUGCGCACUUAUCCAAAAUUUUGUUGACUCAUGCUAUAUUUUUAUUUCUAUUAUUUCUUUGUUAGUUUGUUUCAAGGUGUUUUGAUGGCGGGAAUUAAACUUUGUCUGUACGUCAAUUUGCAUUCUGUUUUCCGAUGACUGAUAACUUGCGAACUAUUAAAUGUGUUGUGGUUGGCGAUGGAGCCGUUGGGAAAACGUGCCUACUUAUAUCGUACACCACAAACAAAUUUCCGAUGGAUUAUGUUCCAACUGUCUUUGAUAACUAUGCUGUAACUGUUAUGGUUGGAGGGGAACCGUACACUUUGGGACUUUUUGACACAGCUGGUCAAGAAGAUUAUGACCGUUUGAGGCCCCUUAGUUAUCCUCAAACGGAUGUUUACCUUAUUUGCUUUUCUGUGGUCAACUCCACCUCUUUCGUGAACGUCGAGGAAAAGUGGGUCCCAGAAAUAAGACAUCACUCGCCCAAGGUUCCAUUCCUUCUUGUUGGAACACAAAUCGAUCUUCGCGAUGAAGGCGCUACAAUAACCCGCUUGCAUAACGACAAAGCGAAAAUGGUCAGUAGUGAUCAGGGCAAAAAACUCGCCGAACGUUUAAAAGCCGUCAAGUAUCAGGAGUGUUCGGCUCUUACCCAGAAAGGUUUGAAAGAUGUGUUCGACGAAGCUAUCCUUGCUGCUCUGCGACCUCCAACGGACCGUAAGAACAAACGUUGUUGUCUACUGUGAAAACUGAGUCCUUUUGCCUAUCCGUCCUUUUAUUAUUGAUUUAACUUGUUAUGGAAAAAUCAGCAAAAUUGUUGGUCGGAUUCCUUACAAACCUUACUAUUAUCUCCAUAUUAUUCUUAUCAUCAUUAAUUUUUAUUGAUACUAUUGCUAAUACCACUCACAGACUCAAUUAUGUGUUCAACAGCAAUGUGAGUACUUUGACAAAUGUGGCCUUGUUCCUUUAUUUUCUUCCCUUUCUUUUAUCUUUACAGAACGGUGAUCUUGCUGUUAAUUUUAAAAAUUCUACUGUUAAUGCUAUUUGUUAAAUAAAUCAGUGCAUCUUC